UUGAAAUUCAUAAUUCACACACAGCGUAUUGUCAAAGUCUCAAAGGGACUCCAGCAUUUGGGCUUUCUCCGUCGAAGAACGAAAGAAGAAAGAGAAAUGGCGACGGCAUCAUCAGGCGUACAGAAGCUCCUGCAAGUUGGGACAAAGAUCGUCGCCGUUGGCCGUAACUACGCCGCUCACGCCAAAGAACUCGGCAACGCCGUUCCUAAGGAGCCGGUUUUGUUCCUCAAACCAACCUCGUCUUACUUGGAGAAUGGAGGCACUAUCGAGAUUCCCCAUCCCUUGGAGUCGCUGGAUCAUGAAGUGGAGCUCGCCGUCGUGAUCGGCCAGAAAGCUCGCGAUGUGUCCCAGACCACCGCCAUGGAUUACGUUGGAGGUUAUGCUCUUGCCUUGGAUAUGACUGCUAGGGAAAUCCAAGCAUCUGCCAAGUCUGCAGGGCUUCCAUGGUCUGUGGCCAAAGGGCAGGAUACAUUCACACCUAUUAGUUCUGUUCUUCCCAAGUCAGCUGUCCCUGACCCUGAUAACUUGGAACUGUGGUUAAAGGUAGAUGGAGAUAUGAGACAGAAAGGUUCCACCAAAGACAUGAUUUUUAAGAUUCCUUAUCUCAUUAGUCACAUAAGUUCAAUCAUGACACUUUUUGAAGGAGAUGUAAUACUAACAGGCACUCCACAAGGCGUUGGCCCCGUAAAAGUAGGUCAAAAGAUAACUGCUGGCAUCACAGAUCUUCUUGAUGUUCACUUUAAUGUUGAAAAACGCAGAAGGCCAGGAAGUUAUUAAGCAAGGGGAAAUUUUCUUUCAAUUUCUGACUUAAAAUAAUGGCCGAGGCAGCUCCAUUCGUGGCCUUGCUUUCCAGAAUCGCCCAAACGGUGAUGCAUAAACAUCAAACUAUGUUUUUUUAUGUUAAAAUUUGGAUUUCUAGGAUGGAAAGAUUUUACGACAGGGAGCUUGGUGUUGACCAUCCUUUUGGAAUGAAGUGAUGAUAAUGUUAUGAACACAGUUAUGGAAUUGCAAUCCCAGUUGAAAGAACAAAUAUAUUCAAGCUUUUGUGAGAAGAAUAAACUAUUGCCAACAUAAUUAUCGAUA